UAGGCGUCUCCACUCAAAUCCUCUCUUUGCCCAUCAACCAUCCAUCGGUACGCACGCGUGGUCUCCUACACAGUGUACUUUCCGUAUGCCCACUUAAAAGAGGAAAAGUCGUGCCAAAGAAACUCAAGACUCGGAGGGAGAGGAGAGAGAUUGCAAAAGGGCGGGAGGCAGCUGCAUUUCGUUUGUCAUCAAUUUCACUCUCUGUCUAGGCUUGGGUGAGAGAGAGAGAUGGAGGAGGCAUCGGAUAUGGAAAGUGCUAUAUCGACCGCCAUGCUUUCUCGACUGGAAGAGUUGAAGCAACAGGGAGAUUCUUUGACUCUCGAAGGUGUUAGAAGGCUUUUGGAGAAAGAAUUGGGACUAGAAACCUAUACUUUGGACCCACAUAAGCGUUUCAUCAAGCAGCUUCUAACAAAGUAUUAUUAUAAUCCUGGCGUCGAGAAUGUCACCACGAACUCAGAGAAAAAAUCCAAAGGAGAUAUUCAUGCAAGAACAGAAGGGGCCAGAAAGGAUGGUGGGAAGACUCGAUUAGAAAAGGAAGAGCAAACUCCGAGUCAUGAAGAUGAAAAGAGAGUAGUAGAGCCUGCAAAUUCAAAAGAAAGUAUACCAAAUGAACCAGAGAUCGAGGAAGGUAGUGGUGAGAUAGAAGGAAAAGGCCUUCUGAAUGAAGACACAGUGAAGAAAGCUCUUUGGAAAAGGGCUUCGUUUUUCAGAAAGCAUGCUGAGGGUAUAUCAUUGUCAGAAGUUCGUCGAAUGUUGGAAAAAGAUCUUAAACUUAAUAUGCGUGAUCUCGACACUUACAAAGGAUUUAUCAAUGCUCAAAUUGAAGAGAUUCUUGGAAGCCCCAAUGCAACUGAUACUGAAGGGUCAAACACAAAAGAAACGUCAGGAGAAGUCUUUUCUGGAAAGCAUAUUGACAGAAGAAAAAAGCAUAAAACCGGAGCCUGCUCUAAAGAUUCUUCAGAGCCAGAUGAAGUUCUUGAUGGCAGUCAGGAGAGUGAGGAAGACCUGCCAAGAUCAAAAAAGCAGAGUCGUGAGACUGGAAACCGCAUUAAGACGAAAGUGCAAAAGAAGAGGAAGAGAUCCAGUGAUGAAGGCAAAUUAUCAAUAAAGAAGCCAGCUAAAUCAGCAACUCUGGAAGACAGAGAGACAUACCAUGAAAGUGAAAAGUUAUCAGAUGAUGAUGGUCCUCAAUCAUCCCUUGAGGAGUCUGCCAAGAAGCAGAAGAAAAGUGGAAGCUCAACCCCUGUCUAUGGAAAGCAAGUCGAGCAUCUUAAGAAAAUUAUAAAAUCAUGUGGAAUGAGUGUACCACCAACAGUAUACCGGAGGGUCAAGCAGGCUCCUGAGAACAAACGAGAGUUGAAUCUCAUAAAAGAGUUAAAGGCAAUACUUACGAAGGAAGGGUUGUCUUCAAAUCCUUCUGAAAAGGAAAUAAAAGAAGUUAGAAAGCGGAAGGAAAGAGCGAAAGAUCUGGAAGGGAUUGACUUGACAAACAUCAUAUCAGAUUCCUGCAGCCGAAGGGCAAGAGCAAACUUCUUCAUUUCUCCUCCAAAUCCUAAACCAUCAGUUGACAGUGAUAAGGGCAUUGAUGAUGAAGAUUCUGAUGAUGAUAGCAGCGAUAGCGAAGAAGCAAGUGAUGGUAUCCAAGAAGGUGUUUCUGAGGAAAGCGAUUGAUUGAUUGAUUUCUGAAGUUUUAUCACAAGAACACAAGCAUUGAACCAAGAGCCGUAACAACUGAAUUUGGCACAACCUGGAUUGGAAAUAAAAUAGUACACUCUUAAGGCCUGUUAAUUAUUUUAGCCCUGUCCAUAGAUGCCUUUUCUCCGUUUGUAGUUUGUUGUAAAAAUUAGGAUUUGGACCAUGUUGAAGUGCGUCCGUGCAAAUCAAGAAUCUUUGUGUAGAUUUGUUCCAGCCAUAGUGAUUCAGGCUUUGCAACUCAAAAGGCUUACUGAAUUUAACCAGUAUGCUGCUCCAUCCUUAGUAACCCUGCGAUUGCCUUCCUACUAGAUGGUCCGUUUCCUCUUUGGUGGAAUGGGGAUCCCUGUUUGGUGUAAUUUUCGGUAAACCAACAUGAAACCAAUGUAGGAAAUAUUCAUUUUAAAGGGGAAAGUUGCAUGGGACGAAGU